AAGGUGAUAUCAACCACCACGCUGUGUAGGCUUACACUCGCAGAACGAGUGAGCCCUACGGGAAGAAUUCGAUGAUCAUCCGAUGCGCCGCGUUGUAAUCACCGGCCUUGGCGCCGUAACACCGCUCGGCGCUUCCAUAUCGCGCACAUGGCGAGGACUUAUUGCUGGGAAGAGCGGACUUGUUGCCACGCCUGACUCUGAGGAAUAUAGAGCUAUCCCGAGUAGGGUCGCAGGGCUUGUGCCAACUGAAUUCAGGCAAAGUUUCAUAGAGCCUGUGCCGAAAGACGAAUCCUACGAGAGUAAGGCGCCUUUGAAGCACCUGUUGUGGAACGCAGAUGAGUGGCUUUCUGGAGCGGACCAGCGCCGGAUGGCCAAGUACACUCAGUAUGCUAUCGCUGCUUCGGAUAUGGCCCUCGCUGAUGCAGGGUGGGAUCCCAAGCCUGGAAGUAUUGGAGCUCAGGAUACGGGUGUCUGUCUAGGGAGUGGGAUUGGAAAUUUCGAAGAGAUUUACGACACCUCCAUCACCUACCACAAAGGAGGAUACAAAAAAGUCUCCCCCCUCUUCGUCCCCAAACUCCUUGUCAACCUCGCCGCCGGCCACAUCUCAAUGCGCCACUCCUUCCUCGGCCCCAACCACUCAGUCUCAACCGCCUGCACCACAGGCGCGCACUCCAUCGGCGACGCCGCACGCUUCAUCGCCUUCGGCGACGCCACCGUCAUGGUAGCCGGCGGUUCCGAAUCGUGCAUCCAUCCCCUCGCCCUCGCCGGCUUCGCGCGCUCCCGCUCCCUCUCAAGCGCCUACAACUCCACCCCCUCCGCCGCAAGCCGACCCUUCGACAGCGGACGCGACGGUUUUGUGAUAGGCGAGGGCGCGGGCGUGAUGGUGCUGGAGGAACUCGAGCAUGCGAAGGCGAGGGGCGCGCAGAUAUAUGCCGAGGUCCUGGGAUAUGGGUUGAGCGCUGAUGCGUACCAUAUGACUGCGCCAAGGGAGGAUGGGGCGGGGGCGCUGCUGGCGAUGAGGCGGGCGCUUAGGACGGCGGGGGUGAGGCCGGGGGAGGUGGGGUAUGUGAAUGCGCAUGCGACGUCGACGGUGAUUGGGGAUGCUGCGGAGGCGGCGGCGGUUAGGACGUUGAUGCUUGGGGAGGAAGGUGUAGAGAAGGAGGGGGAUGUGACGGUGAGUAGUACGAAGGGGGCUAUUGGGCAUCUUUUGGGUGCUGCGGGGGCGGUGGAGGCGAUAUUUGCGGUGCUGGCUAUUAGGGAGGGGGUUGUGCCGCCGACGCUGAAUUUGGACCAGCCAGAUCCGGAUAGGGGAUUUAAUUAUGUGCCGCUUCAUGCGCAGGAUAGGUCGGUUGAUGUUGCGAUCUCGAACUCGUUUGGGUUUGGUGGCACGAAUGCGACUUUGGUGUUUGCUAGGGAGGGGUACAGGAUAUAAUGUAUUCCUGGCCAGCCCCCAACCGGGGUCGCAACGAGGGCCGGAGGGGUGAAUCGAUGGGAAUAGCUUCAUGGACGAGCGCCUUGUGGCUAUGUACUUUUAUAAGGCGUGUGGUUUGGGUUCAUGUAUAAUAACCGUGUUUGAUUAUACGUUUGUGACAUUAAUUUUAAAUACGAAAUAAUAUAUUAUUUAGAGAAGC